AAUUCCAAACUACUAUUGAGCAUGUCAAUAGUUACGGUCCAACUUGGACAGUGUGGCAACCAGAUCGGCUAUGAGUUAUUUGACGUUAUCCACAAUGAUCUUAACCAUAAUACUGGACUUUGCUCCCGGAGAGAAAACGACCAUUAUCAAGAAGUUUGCAUGGAGAGAUUCUUCAGCGAGGAGGAAUCAGGAGAUUUUGUGACACGGGCUGUUCUUGUAGACAUGGAGCCUAAAGUAAUAUCUCAAACAAUGUCUAUGGCUACCCGUUCUGGAAAAUGGAAAUAUGAUCAGAAGUCGCACUUUUCUCAGAAGCAAGGAUCGGGAAACAAUUGGGCAAAUGGUUACUGUGUGCAUGGUCCAAAACACCAAGACGUAGUCAUGGACUUAGUUCGCAAGCAAGUGGAAAAAUGCGAUCGCUUGGCUGGUUUUUUCACAAUAAUGAGUAUGGCUGGAGGAACAGGAUCUGGCAUGGGAACGUAUGUGACACGGUGUUUACGUGAUGCCUAUCCGAACUCAUUUCUCCUUAAUGAAGUCAUUUGGCCAUAUGGAACUGGAGAGGUUAUUGUUCAAAACUACAAUUCCAUUCUGACCCUCUUCCACCUCUACCUGUCCUCGGAUGCACUGCUUGUACAUGAGAAUGAUAUCAUUCACAAAGUUUGUUCACAGCUAAUGAAUAUUAAGCAGAUAUCUUUUCGGGAUGUGAACAAAGUCAUUGCUCAUCAGUUGGGCAGCGUAUUUCAGCCUGCAUACACUUCAGAUGGAGCAUCUCAAUACAGCAGGAAUCCUCUAGGGGAAUUAAUGGCAUGCCUGGUCCCACACCCUGAAUUUAAGAUGCUAGGUCUCCGUAACAUUCCUCAAAUGUCUGAACACUCCCUGGCAUACAGUACAUUUACUUGGCAGGGGCUUACCAAACAUCUGAGGCAAAUGCUCAUUGCUAAUGCGAAAAUGGAAGAAGGAAUUAACUGGCAGGUGCGACCCUCAUCACGGCCAACAGAGGAAAAGUUUUCCUCGAGAAGGGAACUGCUUUUUAAUACUUCGCUUGCAAAUCUGACAAUUCUCCGAGGCAAGGACCUUCAUAGUGCCUCUCUAGAAAGUUUCCGUGAUCCAGCAUUAUAUACCUCAUGGCUGCCACCAGAUGACGCUUAUACUGUUUGGAAAACACCAAAAUCAUUCAACAAAUAUGAGAAAUCGGCUACUUUGGUUAGCAAUAGUCAAUAUUUGCUAAAACCCUUGGACAACAUUGUUAGUAAGGCAUGGAACAUGUUUGCGUCCAAAGCAUACAUUCACCAAUAUACAAAAUUUGGAAUUGAGGAAGAGGAAUUUUUGGAAAGUUUUGCAACCCUUGAACAGAUUAUUUCCAGUUAUUCCAAUUUGUGAAUAUUUCUCAGUAAUGUUUAAUUUUUUCCUUGUCUAUUUAUUUAUCAUAUGGUUUUUUUUACACUGUGAUACUCCUGUAAGAUAAAUUUAAAUCUGUUUAAAUCAAAAGUAUUGAUUUUUUUUUGUCAUAUUUUG